ACUCACGCCAUGUCUGACAUCUACUUUUACAAAUACAUAGUCAACAAGCAAGUGUUCUUCCGGUCCAAACACUGUUAUGCCCUCGUAAACCUCAAGCCACUAAUUCAAGGUCACGUGUUGCUUGUGCCGUACAACCCUGAAAUCUACCGAUUCAACCAACUUAGCGAUGAAGAGAGCAUUGACUACAUGCGAAGUCUUCAAACAUUAUCAAGAUUUCUCACCUGGAACUACAAGGCAGAUGCCUUGAACAUCGCGAUUCAGGACGGUCCGGAAAGUGGUCAAUCGGUACCUCAUUUGCAUACGCACUUGAUUCCACGGUUUAAAACUGACGACUUGAAGAAUGACCGGGUCCACCAACAACUACUGAAAGUGGACAUUCUCACUGACUUUGAGGCCAGAAGACUCGCCUACACGCAAAAACCCACCCGAGUACGUGAUGACAGCCAAAGGGUUGCCCGUACCGACGACGAGAUGGAGCAGGAAGCAAAUGAGCUAAAACGUAAGUUUGAAGAGUUCUCGCAACUCAAUCCGCAUCAAUAGACCAAUGCCACAAUUCGCGCGA